GAAAGAUGUGUUGCCAUUGGUGAACACGCUGCUGUGAGGGGCUGGACCAGUCUCUGCUGGAUAACUGGAGUGCUGUGUGCGGCAUGGUAUCCGUCCGAUUGUCAUUAUGACACAUUUUGCAGUUCAUACCACUGAUGACAUACGGUUUACUGAUGGGGCCCAGAGCUUUGGGUGCAAUUCUUCAAACUUUGAAGGGUUUAGCGGGAAAGUAAAGGCAUUUAUCUUUUCUGAAAAUGGAAAGAGAUUUGCAUGGAUUGCUGAUGGCCAGGUGUAUGUGGCUGAGGCUCCUUCAUGGCAGAGAAUUGGAUCCCUGAAGCAUCCACGUGCCCAAGAGAUAUGUUUCUCACCCUCUGGCAGCUAUCUGGGUGUCUGGGAGUCCUAUGUCAAAACACUGGAUCAGAGUCAAGUGCAACCAAAUUUAAGUGUUUAUGAUGUAUCAGGGAAGAAACAACUCAAAGCCUUCUUCCAGCAGAGUCAAGUAAAUUGGCAACCACAGUGGACAAAAGAUGAAACAAUAUUUGCACGCAACGUUACCAAUGAAGUACAUUUUUAUAAAGCAGAUGACCUCCAAAAUAUUGUUGAAAAGAAGAUUCUUCAGAAAGUGAGGUCCUUCAGUAUCUCUCCAUCCACAAACAAUCAUUGUGUUACCUUUUUUGUGCCUAGUGUGAAGGGAGCUCCAGCAUACGUCCACCUUUAUCGAUACCCAAACUUUAAGGAAACUUCUAAUGCCUUGGCUAAUAAAAGUUUCUUCAAGGUUGAUACUAUAGAGCACUUCUGGAACAAGCAAUCCACUGCAUGUUUGCUUUUAACUGCUGCUGAGAUGGAUAAAUCAGGGCACUCAUACUACGGUGAACACAUGCUUUUCUCCCUCAACACUCGAGGAGAUUCAACAAGGAUCACAUUUUCCAAACCUGGAAAUAUUCACUCCGUGGCAUGGUGUCCUAGUGGACAGGAAUUCUUCACAGUAUAUGGUACAAUGCCUUCCAAGGCCACACUCUUUAACCAUAAAUGUGAAGCCAUCGCUGAGUUUGGCUCAGGAGCUAGAAACACCAUCCUUGUCAAUCCAGUAGGCAAUAUUGUCUUAGUGGGUGGAUUUGGUAACAUUGCAGGUAGAUUUGAGAUGUGGGACAUAGCAGAACGCAAGAAGAUUAGUGAAACGGAGUGUUCCGAUUCUACAUACUUCAGUUGGUCUCCAUGUGGGCAAUAUUUACUCACAGCUACAUGCUCCCCAAGACUAAGAGUUAACAAUGGAUAUAAAGUGUGGCACUACACUGCUGUGUUGCAACAUGAAAACUUCAUGGAUGAGCUGUAUGCUGCCCAGUGGAUCCCAGACCCUGAGGCUGCUAAGCCCUUCGUUAUUUCUACUAAGCCUGUCACUGGUAUAGAAUCCUCCAUAGUUGCUGCAUCAAAAGAAAGGUACAUUCCUCCAUCUCAGAGGGGAGCAAAAGGUCCUGUUGGUGUUACAAAUACUGAGAAAAAGUUCCUCAGUGAAGUGGAUGACCCCCUUAAGAACGAAGCACCACCCCAGCUGUCAAAGUCAGCUUUGAAGAAUAAGAAGAAAAGAGAGGCAGCUAAGAAGAAACGUGAAGAGGGGGAAUCAGGAAAAGAAGAAAAGGGUGGAAAUAACUGGAGAGAAGCUCCUCCUCCAGAAGUUGCACCAUCUAAAUCACUUGCUGCAAGCAUUGAACUAACUGGAAAUCCUGAAAAAGACAAGAAGAUUAAAAACAUUAAAAAGAAACUUGAUGCCAUUGCAAAACUAAAGGGAGAGCAGGAGAAUGGAAAAGCCUUAGAGAAAAAUCAACUGGACAAGAUUGCUACAGAAGAAAAGUUAAUGAAGGACUUAGAGGAACUAAUCCUCUGAUGUGUUCUAAAAUUUAUUGUAAUCUCAGUUUAUAGUUCUGUACAUCACUCAAGUAUUUGGAAGUCUUGAAAAUUUUAAGAAAAUAGAAAAUAAAAUACGAAAAUGAUUUGUACCUGUCACAAUAUAAAAGUUUGAUUAUUAAAGGAAAUAAAUUUUGUGUCUUGCUAUUCAUUUAAUGUUAAGUCCACAGGCUGAAUUAAGAAAAAGGGGGGAAAUUGUUAACUUCAUAAAUCAAUUGUCCUCUUCUUAUAGAUAAAAGUAAUAUAAUGUAAGACUUACCAAUGUUGGUCAUAUGGAUAGUACUGUGAUCAUAUAGUUUCCCCCAAAAAUAUUAUAUUUAAACUUAACUCCUACAGCUCUCCAACUUUGAUAAACUGAGUACAGUACUGUACAGAAUUUAUAUAGAAUGCUUAAAACAGGUAAUUUGUCUUGUAAAGGUACAAGUUAGCCUUAUUUCAGCAGAUUUUUUAAAGACUACAUUGAUUCAUAUAAGACAUUGUGCAGUUCCAAAAUUAUACUAAGUAAAUGAAUAUUGGCCGUCAUAUUUGAUGAUUUACUUGGUGUGAUUAGGAAAGAGAUCCUGCAUAAUACUUUGUACAUAGGACAUAAGAUUCUAUUGUUGAUGAGUUCCAAUGUAUCUCUCGACUAUCAGGAACUUAAGUGUUAUUUGUAAUUUUAUGGUUUGUGCCUUCUUAUGUAUAAAACAAACUAUUUUUCUUUUUUGUUUUAAUAAAUGGUAAUUUAUUAAUAUAUUUGCAAAGGUUUAGUUGGUUUGUGAGGUUUAGGUGGAUUAAAAUAACUAGCCUGCCCAGUAUUAAAGGUAUUAAAUCAAAGCAAUUUCA